GUGGGCGCCGGGGCUGCUCGGCGCGCAGCUCCUGACGAAGGGCGGGAUGCAGGCCACGGAGCAGGCUCUCGGCGGGGUGCCCUGUGUGCUGCUGUACUUCAGUGCCCACUGGUGCCCCCCCUGCAGAGGCUUCACGCCCAGGCUCGCCGCCGCGUUCAGCGCGCCGGGCGCGGCAGGCCAGGCGCAGGUGGUAUUCGUCAGCAGAGACCGGGAUUUGCCCAGCUUCAUGGGCUACUACGCGGAGAUGCCGUGGCUGGCGCUCCCCUUCGGCAGCGGGCGGCCAAUGUUGGGGUGCCCGGUCGCUUGGUCAUGUUAG